CAUGGUCAAAUGAAAGAAGCAUACUUAGGACGUUAUUUACACUUAUGAUGAUGGGAGGUUAUAGUUCCAAGAAGGCAGAAAAAAAUAAAAAAAUAAAAAAUAAAAAUCAUCGAACUGCAAUUGGUUAGCUUUCUUUGUCAAACUGAUGUCCGCAUAUCAUAUAGUAUAAUUGUUAUUGUUAGGAGUACCAGCUCCACUGAUCCUCAGUCUGCAAUCGAUAAAUGGAGCUGGUAUCAAAAGCAAUGGAAAAAAAAAAUAUAUAUAUAUAUAUAUAUAUAUGUACAUGUGCCACCUUUCCAUGCCUGUCUUGUGCUUCAUCAUUAUUAAUUUGAUUCUUUGAGCACACAGGCAUAUGAUAUACUGGUUUGGUUAAAACUUAAAGAAGAACCGAAUAGACAUGGAUUAGGUGGCCAAACCCAAAACAUUUUACAGUUAGAAAAAUGCGUUAAAUUGAUUCGUAGAGAAAAUUAUAUCCAAGUUCAAGCAAGCUUUCUCACUCGUUAUCCCAAUCCCAAUAAUGUGGCCAAGGAUCAUAUUCUUCAGUGCAGUGUCAUUGGCAAUUUUGGUAGUCAUUCUCUUGGCUUUGCUUUCGCCAACAUCCCAUACAAAGCCACCACCUACUUGGCUGGCCCUCUCCUUGUAUAUCCAGCAGCCACCACCGCAUAACUCAGCAAGCCGCAAUGCACCGCCGGUGACUCAGUCGGACGCCGGAGCUUUCAUCUUCCGACGUACUCUGACAGAAGGUCCCAAAAACACAUCUCGGGUUGUUGGCAAAGCAGAGGGUUUCAUAAUCCCUGUGGAACACUUCGCGCAUUCGGGAUUCAACAUCAUUUAUCUUACAUUUGACGCGCCCGAGUACGCGGGAAGCCUCAGUGUUCAGGCGAAGCACGUGGGACAUAAAGACAUGGAGGAACUCACCGUGGUUGGCGGAACAGGUGCUUUCGCUUUCGCACGUGGACUCGCCGUUUUUGCUGAGACGGCCGGUCCCCAAAUGACGUCGGAUGUGGAUGCCACUUACCACGUCAAGCUUCAGCUCAGAUUUCCCAAUCAGUCUCGUCGAGCCAUUCCAGGAUGAUAUGCUAUUGCUAGUUCAUAUUCUAAAUAUUAUUAUUUUUAUUUUUUUCUUUUUGUUGCAUUCUUUCUUCACGGCCGGAAACAUAAGUUUAAUUUGCCCCAUUAUACAAAAGAUAUAGAAUUGUCUGAGAGAUUGAUGUUGUCUAAUUCUAUGGCUCUCAACCAAUGAGCCAGAUGUUUUAUUGGCAGCUGAUUUGGCUGUGAAUUUUGGAUGGAAAUAUUUUAUUUGUGAAUGUGAUGCUUUUACUAGCUAGCUUAAUGGUUAAAGGUCUAAAUCAUGGGAAUGAUGGCAAGAACCUUCGUUGAGAAUUCCCUGGGGUUGCUGUGCCAGAUUUCCUGACUUUUUUCUUUUCUUUGCUGUUCAUUGUCUUUGU